AUGAGUGAGGAAGAGCUUGCAGUUAUAGAUGAAGACAAAGAGCAGACCUACCCGAAAGGUGAAGGUGGAGAUAAACCGUUUGAGAAAAAGAAACGAGGAAAGACGUCAACGGGUGAAACUGGAACUACAUCUCAGUAUAAGCGUCAUCAAGCAUCAUGUCUACAAAGGCAAUUGAACUCCGGAUUUCAAAACAAGAUGACGCAACAGGUUUUGCCGUUUUUAGAAGGUCAAACUGAUGGUAUCACUUCUAUUACCAAUUUCUCAUACGAUCAUGCAAAGGUGCGAGAGCUUGCAUCUCAUAUGGGAGAUGGAGGUACAGUGGAGGAUUUAAGAGGCCGAAAGGGCUUAUUGGGGAGCAAUUGGUUGUUGGGGGUUGAUUGGAAUGAAACUUGUGAUCAUAGUGAAAUAAGAGGAUGGAGGAAGAAAGCUGUUGUUGAGUAUACAGGGUUUAACGAUUUCAUUUCUGGGAUGGGGAUCCAGAAGCUGAAAUUGGUUCGGAACCCUAUCGAACACCUCGUGAACGGGCUCGUCGGCGAUGGAGGACCUCAGGAAAAGGCAGGGCUGCUGUGUUCCCGGCUAUGGGUCGCGUGGGAACUGGACGGAGGUGAUGGAGCUUCUCGGAGAGGACGCCGGCACUGGAGUUCUCGCUGGAAAAAUAUGGCGGAGGGCUGUUCGGGAAAACUGAGUACGAGGACUUGGAGCUUCGCCAUGAAAGCUGCUCGCGGGUGCUGGGCUCCAAGUGACGGCUGUGUGAGUUGCUGGCCGGACAGGGAUAAUAGGUCGCCGGUCGAAGUAUUGUUGUUUACCGUGAGGGGGUUGCUGCUGUGCGCGGAGCCAGACAGGGCUGGUGGCCACGCUCGGCGGAGGACAAGGCUCGUCGGGGAAACGCCGCUCUGCCGUCGAGAGAGAGACGAGGGUGUUAUUUCGUACGCGGCUGAUGAACUGAAACCCUCGGCCUGA